AUGAGUUGGAAAGGGGUUUUUGCAAGUUCAUUUCCCAAAGAUACUUUACAGAAGUAUAUUGCUGCCAAUGAGAGCAUCGCCAACUCUACCGUUUUUCAAGGUACGCUAUAUGAGCUCACGGUGGUACGAGAAUUAAUGAAUAAGCUCCGACUGGAGGAUAUGCAGGUAGUUGGCGGUUCAUAUGAUGGCGGCAUUGAUAUUCGGGGCAAAUGGAACGUUUUACCAUUAACAAAGGCUAUAGAAAUGCAAAUACAAUUCGAUGAGCUACCUAAACGUUUGAAACUUCCGACUACAUCGAUAAAACCAUGGAAACAUAGGGUGAAACCCGAUAAAUAUUUAGACUGUUACAUUCAAUGUAAGGCUUUCAAUUCAGAUAAAGUUACUGGCCGCCAGGUACGGGAAUUAAUUGGAUCAUUCUCCAUGCAAGUUCCCGCUCGUAAAAGAAACUCGAGCAUAAUGAUAAUGAGCUCUCCAACUUUGUUUACAAAAGAUGGAAUAAGGCUGUUUAAUGAGGCCGCAAUACCAAUGGUAUUUACCAAAGUGGAUAUGAUCCAGAGAUUAGCUGAUGGAAGCUUCGAUGUGAAAAACUCGGGAAAACUACAGCAUUAUUAUGAGAAUGACUAUGCAUCGAAAUUACUUGCAAAUUGUGGAAUCAAAGAAUGGUUAAAAUUGAAAGGUUAUGAGUCCUUAGCACAAAAAUGA